GGCUGUUAUCUUACUGUUUAUAUAAUAUUCUGUGUAAAACUUAUAAUCAAAGCCUAAGUCAGCGCUGUAUUAUACGAUAUAAUUUGUAAACUGUAUAUUAUUUAAGAGUAUAUUAUUAUAUUUAAGUACCGGAACUUUUAAACAGAUUUUGUGCGCAUACACGGAAACUAAUAACAGCAACACAAGUGAACAUGGCAGCCUCCGCGAGGAGCUUAUUGAGAGUGUUGUCUGGAUGUCAGAGGCACUUCAUCAUCUCCAGCGCUUCAUCGUCUUUAUGUCCGUUCCACAAUGCAGCUAGGCAUCAUCCUGUGAGGUCCUAUGCUGCUGCAGCCAAACCAGCUAAGAAAGAGAGAAAAGUUGAAAAGAGAGCAACAAAGGAAGUAAAGCCAGAAGAGAAAAAGAAGGAGAAACAGAAGAUCGAUGAUACGGGUCGUCAUAAGCCGUACGGCCUGACAGCCUGGGAACCGAUCGAUGACGUGUAUGUAGUGAGGCACUAUCCUAAACCUGUGUAUGAUGCUAAUGUAGCAGCGGAGAUGCUGAAGACCUUUCAGAAACUGGACUUUACUCCUGAAGAUCAACCACUUUUCAUUGAACUGAUGCUGGAUAUGAAGCUAGAGAAAAAGAGAAAAGUCGAACCCUUUGUUAGCACUGUGCAUUUACCUCAUUCGUUUAAAAGUGAUCUGAACAAAGUCGUCGUGUUCACAGAGAAUCCAGAAGAAGCUAGAGUGGCCACAGAGCACGGAGCAACUAUAGCAGGAGGAACUGAACUCAUUGAGAAGAUAUUGGAAGAUGAGAUCACGGCAGACUUUUACCUGGCUGUUCCAGACAUCGUCCCAAAGCUGCAGGCUUUAAAAAACAAACUGAGAAAGAAAUUCCCAAAGAGCAAACGAGGGUCGGUCGGGGUGAACAUUCCUAAAAUGCUGCAGUUGUUCAAGAGCGGACAUGAGUACGCAGUGGAGAGGGACACCUACGUCUACACGCAAGUCGGAACGCUGGACAUGCCCAAGGAGCACAUCAUAGAUAACAUGCAGGUCAUCAUCCAGGACGUGGCAUCGCACAAGCCAGCAGAAUUCGGUGGCUUUAUCGAGAGAGCCAUCAUGAGCAGCCAGACCAGCGAAGGUUUACGCAUCAAAUAUGAAGCGUUUUUACAGCAGGAGGUGAAGGAGGCCUGAAUAAAAUGCUGUGUGUAUAUUUCACUGUGUAAUGUUAUAUGAUGUAAUAAAGUUUCUUAAAUAUG